AUGUCUAAAUCAUCUGAUCCAUCCAUCACCACUACCACUAAAGGUAAGAGUAACAACAAUCUAUCGUCAACCGAUUCAUCAACUUCUUCAACCACUUCUCCUACUAUAUCAAAUCAUACCGUCUCCACCAAUACAGAUUCAAAGGAUACAACUCAUACAAAGCCUCCAUCACGGAAAAAGAGAAGAACAUUAGGUACCUUUCCUUGUUUACAUUGUAAUAAGAUCUUCUCACGAUCUGAUCAUUUGGCUAGACAUAAUUUAAAUCAUGAACCAAAAGAAGUAUUUAAAUGUGAUUUUUUAAUUGAAGAUUAUUCAGGAAAUAAAAAAUUAUGUGGUAAAACGUUUGUAAGAAGAGAUUUAAAAGAAAGACAUAUAAGACGUCAUUUAGAAAUCUUGGAUGCUAAACCUUUAGAUCCUGCUUUAAUUAAAGAAUAUGAAAAAAACCUUCAAUUGAAACAUGAACAUGAUGAUGAACUUGAUGAAAAUGAUGAUGAUAUUGAAAAUGAGGAAAAAGAUCAUCCAAUUACAGCAACUACCAAAAAGAGAAAAUCAGUGUCUAAAUCAAUUAAUCAAUCAAAUGGUUAUUUACCUACCUCUUCAAUCAAUUCUCCAAGUCAAACUAAUGGUCAUUUAUUACAAAUUUCAAAUUUAAUUCAUGAAAAUGAAGAUAAUAAAAAUAUCGAUUCAUCCCUUACUAAAAAAUCAAUAACCACAACAUCUCCUAUGACUAAUAAAACAACUAAUCAAUCUUCAUCAUCUCCCUUCAAUUUAUUACCUAUUCAAGAUUUCUCAACCACUACUACAAAUAUACCGACUUCUUAUCCUUUAUAUAAUACAAAUAUACCGACUCCUAAUAUGACAUCCAUGGUACUACCACAAACUUCUUCUCAAUUAAGUAUGACCCAACAACAAAUUAAUAAUCCACCACAACCAUCUAUUUCUCAACAACAAUCUCAAACUAAUCUUAGUGAUUUUUAUAAUCAACCUUUAAUUAAUUUCACCAAGAAUUUACCUCAAACUCAAAAUGAUAUUUUAUCUUGGUUGUUUAAUGAGAAUGCAGCUGGUUCUUCAACUUCUUCAUUAAUAUCAGGAGCAAGUAGUUCUCGUGCAAAUGAUGGUAUUGCUAAUAAUAAUAGUAAUCCAAUGAUUAAUGCUGCCACUGCUGCCAUGCAAAAUAUGAUUUUACCUCCUCAAAAUCAAUUCCAAUCUCCUCAAAAUGCCCUUCAAAAUCCAAUGGGGGAAUUAAAUAAUAAUGAUAAUGGGAAUAUUCCUAAUACCGGUAUAUCACCAUUUCCUCCAAAUCCUAAUGUUCAAUUUUCUCCUUUGAAUGAUCAACAAUUACAAAAUUUGGCUAAUGCUAUGCUUGCCCAAUCCAUUCCCCCACAACCACAACAACAGCAACAACAACAACCAACACAAAUUCAACCUAACAGUCGUAGCAAUUCACUCCAAAAUUAUAGUGGUAUCCAAGAUAAUCUUUUCCAAAAUGAUGAUAAUCCAUUAGAUGAAGUGUUUAUAAGAAACUAUCAACUGUUAAAUACUCUUAAUGGUGGAGCAGGAGGAUUGGCUAAUGUUAAUAAUUUUGCUAUCCCAGAUACUACCUAUAUGAAUUUAAAUAUGACAUCUACUGCUUCAUCGUCAUCACCUACUAAUACUAAUGAAUCCAAUACUUCUCCUAAGACCUUGAGUGAUUUCCAUUUCGCUACGAAAUUGGACACUUAUGAAUUAAAGCUUUUAAAUCAUGCUGAAAAAUCAAAUAUGGAAAAGAAUAAACAUAUUUUCAUCGAUACGCUUAUUUUAGAAUCAAUUUUACGAUGUUUAAAAACAGUUGAUCGUGAAUCUAUUGAAGAAAUAUUUAAGAAUUAUGAUCAUGACAAAGUUACUAUUGAAGAUAGAUUAAGUUAUUAUUUACAUAUGUAUUGGUUAGUGUUCCAUCCUCAAUUUUCAAUCAUUCAUAAACCAUCAUUCAAUACGAAAGUCACACAACCAUUAUUAUUAAUCCUGAUGAUUGUUAUUGGUUGUCAUUAUAGUUCACCGGAAUUAGAUGAAUUAAUGGCCAAGAAAUUAAUGCAAUCUCCCGAAUAUAAAUUCAGUACCUUGAUUACUACUCCUUUAAGAUAUAUGAUUUUCCAACAUGAAGAUUUCAAAUCUCCGGUGAAAUUAUGGAUAUUACAAAGUUUAAAUAUGAUUGAAUGGGUGGAGAAGAAUUUCUUAUCUCGGAGAAUGCAUGAAAGGGCUCAUUUACAUCAUGGUACAACUGUACAAUUAUUAAGAAGAUCUCCAUUAUUAGGAGGUAAUCCAACGGUAAAUAUGAAAAAAUCAGCUAGUUCAACUAGUGGUUCUAAUUCAAGUGCAGGAGAAGAUGAGUCUGAAGAAGCCGUUGUAAAUGAAUUGAAUGGUGCGUUUGAUUCCACUGAUUCGGAAUUAUUUUUAAGAUGGGUUGAAUCUGAAUCAAUGAAGAGAGUUACAUUUUUAACAUUUUAUUUGGAUACGAUCGAUUAUGUUAAAUUCCGUCAUCCCCCUCAAAUUAUGUUUUAUCAAUUACAAUUAUUAAAUUUACCUUGUGAUGAUGAUUGUCUUUGGGAAUCAAAUGAUGUGAAUGAAUCAUUUAAGAAAGUCGUUAAGAAACAACGAAAAUUACAACAACAACAAAAACAUGAUGAUGAUAAUAAUACUAAUAAAAACAUUGUUAAAAUUAGAAAUGGUGAAAGUUUCUUAAAUGUAUUAAAGAAAUUAUUAAAACCAUAUAAGCCUCGUGAAACAUUAUUAAAAAUGAAUCUUUCACGAUUCUCCAAAAAGAUCUUAUUAGCAGGUUUAGUUGCUAUCAUGUAUCAAAUGCAACAAAUUGAUUUACAAUCUUCAUCAUCCUUAUUAACUUCGAAUGGAAUAAUUCAAACUAAUGCUCAUCGUAGUAAAAUAUGGAAAGAAAUCAUAUUAAAGGCAUUUGAUAAUUGGCAUUUUGAAUUAUUAGCUUCAUUCACAAACACACCAUUAUCAGUGACUGAUAAAGUAUUUAAAGAUGUUGAUUCGAAUUUAAUUCCAAGUCCAAUGUUACAUCUUUCUCAAAUCAUUGGAUUUUCCGAUAUAAAUCAUUAUGAUAUUGCUAUAUUUGGGGGAUCACCUGCUAAUAUGAGUGUUAAUGCAACUAUGAAAGAUCAUUAUAUUGUACAACGGAAAUUAAAUAAUAUCUGGGGUAAAAGUGUGGUGAAUAAUGUUAAUAAUAGUCUUAAUGCCAAUGCAACUUCUCCUACUAUUGUGACUAAGAAAUCAAUUAAUGAGAUUAUAAAUAUCAGAGGAGUGAUUCAUUGUUAUUUAUUGUUAUGGCAUUUAAUGUUGAAACCAUUGGAAGAUGAUGAUGAUGAUUGUUGUAAUAUGAAGGCUGAAUUCAUUGAUUGGAAAGCAUGUCCUGAUUAUUUUGAUAGUAUGUAUGCGGUUAGUAUUGCAACCUUGGUAUUAUGGAGUUAUGUAUUUUCAACGCUUGGAUUAGAAAGUUCUAAAUUUAAUCAAUUACAAACUGAUGAUGAAAAAAUCUUACAUCUGAAGAAUUAUGAAGACAUAGUUCAUUUAAGUGCCGAAGGUGGGUAUGAAUAUUUAAGUCGUAUUCGAGAAGAUUAUAUUACUCAUCUUAAACAAUUGAAAUCCAAAUAUACUCCUCAUGAAAUAUUGAAUAAAUAUGGUGAUAUUUUACCAUUAAUUGCCAAUAAACAAAACAUUAGUGGAUUAUGUUUUUUGGUAGGUACGAGAUUAUUAUGUAGUCAAUGGCAGGUGAUUCGAGAAAAUGCUAAAUUGAUAUUGAAUUGUGGUUAUAGAUCCAUUGGGAAGAAGAAUAUUUUAUGUUUAGAUUUAUUCGAUAAUGAAUUUUCCGAAUAG